AGAAAAGAAAGCACUUGUAUUUAGAACCCAAAACCAGCAAAGAAAGGUGCUUCUGAAUGUCAGGGAUGGAGAGACUACAGAGGAUGUUCGCCGGCGCCGGAGGAGCUCUGGGUCACCCACCCCCGGAUUCGCCCACUCUCGAUUCCUCAGAACAGGUCUACAUCUCCUCGCUCGCGCUGUUGAAGAUGCUAAAGCACGGAAGAGCGGGGGUGCCUAUGGAGGUCAUGGGCUUGAUGCUGGGAGAGUUUACUGAUGAGUAUACUGUUAAGGUUGUGGAUGUGUUUGCUAUGCCGCAGAGUGGUACUGGUGUUAGUGUCGAAGCAGUCGAUCACGUGUUCCAGACUAACAUGCUCGAUAUGCUCAAGCAGACCGGAAGGCCGGAGAUGGUUGUAGGGUGGUACCAUUCGCAUCCUGGAUUCGGCUGUUGGCUAUCUGGUGUGGACAUUAAUACACAGCAGAGCUUCGAAGCUUUGAAUCAACGUGCUGUGGCUGUGGUGGUGGAUCCCAUUCAGAGUGUGAAGGGGAAGGUGGUCAUUGAUGCCUUCCGCCUUAUCAACCCACAGACUAUGAUGCUUGGUCAAGAACCUCGGCAGACCACAUCCAAUCUUGGCCAUCUUAAUAAACCAUCUAUUCAAGCUUUGAUCCAUGGUUUAAACCGGCAUUAUUACUCUAUAGCAAUCAAUUACAGGAAGAAUGAACUCGAGGAGAAGAUGUUGCUUAACCUUCACAAGAAGAAAUGGACUGAUGGGCUGACCCUAAAACGUUUUGAUACUCAUUCAAAAACAAAUGAGCAAACUGUUCAGGAGAUGUUGAGCCUAGCUGUCAAGUACAACAAGGCCGUGCAGGAGGAGGAUGAGUUGUCUCCAGAGAAGCUUGCUAUUGCAAAUGUGGGAAGACAAGAUGCCAAGAAGCACCUAGAAGAACAUGUCUCCAACUUAAUGUCCUCAAACAUAGUCCAGACCUUGGGAACCAUGCUCGAUACUGUUGUGUUCUAGACUUCAGCAUGCAAGUGUGCACAACUGAUUUUCAGUACUGAACAUGUAAGUCUGGUUUAAGACAAACUUAAAAUGUAUGCACGAGAGUUUCUGUUUCCUGACUUUCAUUCCCAGUUAACAAGUUUUACCAUGUUUUUAUUAUUUACUGUAUGAAAUUGAUUGCAUUGCUUCACUAUC